GCGCAGAUAUCCGUUCUUAUCUCCAAAAUCAUAUACCGCUAAUAUUGCUGUAUGCAUCAAAGUCCGAUGUGGAUUAAAGAAUGAUUGGUUAAAUUUUUCACAAAUCAUGAGUUCGGGAGAGUGA